UCCGAAUGCAGGAUACAGAAUUGUCAUGGGACGGACACAUGCCAUCCUGUUCCCGGUAGCCAGCUAUAUCUCCCCGCCAAGCUGCCGCUGACGGCCCCGGGCAGCGCGACAGCCGCACCGCAUCUGCUUUUCGCAGCCGAGACGAGGAAAAACCGAACAGGCACCGAACCACCCGCGACAAACCCACCAUGUCGUCCCAACUGGGCCGGAGGGCCCUGCAGAGGAGCCUGGGGGCGCCGAGGGCGCCUGCGCACACAGCAGCAGCAGCAGCAGCAGCAACAGCUACGGCCAGGGCUGCGCGGCGCACGCCGUGCCUGACAUCCACGGCGAGGUGGCUGUCCUCGGACAAGGGCAAGGCCCCCAAGCCCAACGAGGCCAGCUUCAAGGGCCAGAUGCUCGAGAGCAUCACGGCGCGCAUAGCCAGGGAGAAGGAGGACCUCAGGAGGUCGGCCCUGGAGAGAGAGGCGCGCAGCAGGGGCGGCCCUCUCCCCGUCACGGUCUUCGUCCUCGGCGCGAGUCUCAUAGCCUUCUACUGCGGCCUCAACUACCCACGCGACAUCGACCCGUCUUCAACACUCCCCCUCGGCGCCAUCGCCAGGCCGCCCAGGCACAACACCUCGCCCAAGGAGCUCGAGGCCGCGUGGGCCGACUUCGUCGCCAUCGUGGGCAGGGAGAACGUGUCGACGCUCGACGACGUCAUCACCACGCACGCGACCUCGGACUGGUCGACGCACAAGCACUCCCCGGACACGGAGCGGCCCUUCUGCGUCGUCUACCCGGCCUCGACCGACGAGGUGUCUCGCGUCAUGAAGGUGUGCCACGCCCGCCGGAUCCCCGUCACCGGGUAUUCUGGGGGCACGAGCCUCGAGGGCCACUUCGCCGCGACGCGGGGCGGCAUCUGCGUCGACUUUGCGCGCAUGGACGCCGUGCUGGCGCUGCACAAGGAGGACCUCGACGUCGUGGUCCAGCCCGCCGUGGGCUGGGAGCGCCUCAACGACCAGCUGGCCGCCGACGGGCUCUUCUUCCCGCCCGACCCGGGCCCCGGCGCCAUGAUCGGCGGCAUGAUCGGCACCGGGUGCAGCGGCACCAACGCCUACCGCUACGGCACCAUGCGCGAGUGGGUGCUCAGCCUGACCGUCGUUCUGGCCGACGGCACCGUCAUCAGGACGCGGCAGCGCCCGCGCAAGAGCUCCGCCGGCUACGACCUCACCAGGCUGUUCAUCGGCAGCGAGGGCACCCUGGGCCUCGUGACCGAGGCCACGCUCAAGGUCACGGUCAAGCCCGCGCAGACGAGCGUGGCCGUGUGCAGCUUCGGCACGGUGCGCCAGGCCGCCGACUGCGUCGCGCAGGUCGUCGGGGCCGGCGUGCCCGUCGCCGCGGUCGAGAUCCUCGACGACGAGAUGAUGAGCUGCAUCAACAAGGCCGGGUCGACGGCCCGCACGUGGCAGGAGGCCCCGACGCUCUUCUUCAAGUUCGCCGGGACCGACAAGGGCGUCAAGGAGCAGGUCGACGUCGUGCGGCAGAUGGCCAAGCGGGCCGGCAGCACGGGCUUCGACUUUGCGAGGAGCCUCGAGGAGCAGCACGACCUGUGGUCGGCGCGCAAGGAGGCCCUCUGGAGCACCCUGGCUGUCAAGCGCGACGGCGACAACGUCUGGACCGGCGACGUCGCCGUCCCCAUCUCGCGCCUGCCCGACAUCAUCGAGCAGACCAAGAAGGACGUCAAGGGCAGCGGUCUCUACGGGACUAUCGUUGGCCACGUCGGCGACGGCAACUUCCACACCAUACUUCUGUACAAUGACUCGGAGAGGCAGAUCGCCGAGGAGGUCGUCCACCGCAUGGUCAAGCGGGCCGUCGAGAUGGAGGGCACGGUCACGGGCGAGCACGGCGUCGGGCUGGGGAAGCGUGACUAUCUUCCUCACGAGCUGGGUGUGUCCACCGUGGACGCCAUGCGCAAGAUGAAGCAGGCAUUCGACCCACUGUGCUUGCUGAACUGCGACAAGGUCGUGCGGAUGCAGAAGCCCAAGGCGGGCGAGGUGGCCGAGUGGUGAGACUGCCGUGGCGUACUCGAAGGCAGCAGCAGCAUAAUACUCAACUCAUCUCCGUGGAGGCUGUUGGUGGACACGCAACAACAGGUUGCAGGAACAUCAAAAUUGUAAAAUAUUGGGAAGCUUUCCCGGCUAGUGUAGCCGAGUUGAAGCGAAACUGGACCAGUGAGUCUUGGGGUCCCCACGGGUGACCCAAUCUGGGCAAGGGACGCUGCUCCUUAUUACACGCGACCAGAGAAUGCCUCAUCACGUGUGCAUCUGAUGUCGGAAGGAUUCGCUCCCCUCCCUGCCUUUCAGUAUCUACAGCUGUAGAGCAGGUGGGCGCUCAUAUGGCAUCGUAGUAAUAUAGGCGCGCGCAACCCUGCUGCCAACACAGUGGUACCUGAUCCGCUCCACUGGCCCCGCGGCCCCGCCACUACUAACCGCGUGGCACAAGUCAACUGUUUCACUCAUGGAGCUCGUCAGUAUGCUCUGCUCUGCGCAUGCCCGGCAAAUGCCGUGGUUGUCAACGGUCUGUCUGAGGAGGCGGCCGUC